GCGUUUCAUAGUAAUAAAUCAUAUGAUUUUCAUAUUCCUAAUAAUAUUGAUGAUUUUAAUAAAUUAAGUAGUAAGAAAAAUAGUACUUCAAAAAUAAGCAGCAUAUUUAAAGUUAGCAGCAAAAAGUUAUCCAAUAUAUUUAAAAGAAGCUCGAAAAAUGAUGAUUAUAAGAUUGAAUCAACACAAAAGCAAAUAAAGAAACUUCAUAUUAAUGAUAAUGAUGAAUAUGAAGCACAUAACAAUCCAAAUCUUCAUUCGGAAGAACAAGAUGAAUUGGAACUUCCUGA